AUGGCCUCAUCUUCUUCACAAAGUACAUUAACAGUUCAAGCUGUCUAUUCGUUUAAGGGAAAAAAUAAUGACGAGUUAUGUUUUAAAAAAGGAGACAUUAUAUUGGUAACACAAAAAGAAGAAGGUGGAUGGUGGGAAGGAACAUUAAAUGGUACAACCGGUUGGUUUCCUUCUAAUUAUGUUAAAGAAAUCAAUUUAAAUCGCGAUGAAUAUCGUCAAUUGGUGGGAAACAUUGAUUCAGUAUUUGAUGCACAUUCAAAAUUAUUAAUUGCAUUAGAAGGUUGUAAUGAAUUGCCACCGAUCGAACAACGUGUUGGAAAAUUAUUUUUAACAUCUGCAUCACAAAUAAAACAAAUUCAUCUUUUAUAUUGUUCGUCUCAUCCUCGUUCUAUUUGUAUAUUAAAUAAACACAAAGAUGCUCUCAAUGCUUUUAUGGAAAGUCAAGGAGCUGCCAGUCCAGGUCUUCUUGUUUUAACAACAGGUUUAUCUAAACCCUUUCGAAGACUGGAAAAAUAUUCAGGAAUUUUGCAAGAAUUAGAACGUCAUAUAGAGGAAAAUCAUCCUGACAGAGGUGAUACACAAAGAUCCGUGUCUGUUUAUAAGGAUAUUUGGAAUGCUUGUUCGACUAAAAGACGCCAGAAAGAACAGGAAUUGGAAAUCCUCACGGGAGGAGUCCGAGGUUGGGAAGGAGAAGAACUUUCCUCAUUAGGCGAAAUAAUUCAUAUGGGUUCAGUUGCCGUCGGACCAUAUCAUAGAGAUCGUUAUUUUGUUCUUUUUCCUACCACUCUUCUCAUUUUAUCCGUUAGUUCUCGAAUGAGUGGCUUUAUAUACGAAGGAAAACUUCCUUUGACCGGUAUUAAUGUAACACAGUUACCUGACACCGAGUCGUAUAAAAAUGCUUUUGAAAUCACAGGGAAUCUAAUUGACAAAAUCGUUGCUGUUUGUCAAACAAAAAAAAACCUACAUCUAUGGAUAGAUACGUUGCGUCAGGCAAUUCAGUCCGUUAAAAAGUCUUCCACUUCGUCCUCUCAUCCUCCGUCCCACGUAAGUUCCUCUUAUACCUGUUCUUAUGCGGGUCUUACGGGAUAUUUUAGCAGAUUGGUCAAAUGUGGAUUAAUAACGCGUAAUUUUGAUUUUUCGGAUGUUAAAGUCCGUCGCAGUCACAAGGUUGAGUGCGUUAUAUUUCCUACUCAACUCAGUUUUGAAAUUUUCAAAGCAUCGAGAACUUGGUUCAAAUCUCAAACUAUCGAACUUGAUAGCAUGUCGACUUCGACCGAUCGAACUGAACGUAUUAGAACGUAUAAAAGACAAAACGCCAUUGACAUGGUAGACAGUAGCGACAGUAUGAACAGCAGCGAUACGAACUCUUUUGAGUUCAUAAAAAAUUCCCAUUCGCAUUCUAAUUUACGUGACUGCGUAAUAAAUUUUGAAAGCGAGUGCGAAAGUGAAAAAUUAAAAAACGUUCUCGGUAAACCGAAUCUUCAGCCUGGCAAUUCUAGUUUUGAUUUUCUUCCAAACGUGCCUGCGACUCAUAGGACCUACGAAGAUUUGAGUGUUUUGGGGUUUUGCGAAACGGGGCGGAAAAAUAAAAAACGUAGAAGUAAAAGCAUGCCUUCACUUACAAAUAUGAGAAAUGAAAAUACAUUUUUCGCGUCCAGCUUCGAAAGAAGUGCUUCUCUUGGUAUUAUAACCGUAAUGAAAUCUUUCGAACGCGAUGAUAGCAUCGAAUGUCGGAAGAAAACAAAUUCCGAAAUAAUCAGAACGGAUUUUAUGGAUCAAAAAAGUAGUAACGAUUUGUCUUCCAUUUGUUUUUCAACAUCUUAUAUUUGUGCUCUUAAUGCAAGUGCAGAAGACAACAGGAGACAGUCUUUACCUGUAGAAAAUUCAAAUUUAAACGAUGGAUGUUUUCGGUUUUCUCAAGUAGGCUUAUCGAGUAGGUAUUGCAAUGAUUUUUUAUUUGCCAGUCCUCGAUCGUCGGAUUCCGGACUUGCCGAUAUCGCAGGAACCGGGACUUUAAUAUUUCCAAAUCAUUCGGAAAAUUGUGAAAAAUGGCGUUACAAAGUCGAUUCUUUAUGUGAUUCUUCAAAUGUUUUUUAUCCAACUACCGAAUCCAAUAACUUGGAUUACGUUAGUGACGGUGUAGUGACGACAACUCCAACGAUUUCUUGUAAAAAUAUUUUUAUCGAAAAUCCUUCACGUCAUACCUCUUCCAGUAAUAUUUUUUACGAUCCUUCCGCGGUACCCCGUCAAAAUGAAGACGUUGUUAAUAAUGGUGGGGUCUAUCGUUCGGGCAUGUAUGCACAUUGGUGGCUCAAAACUCGCAUUCCAGCUGAAGCAUUUGGUGACAAAACGAAGUCUUCGAUAAAAUCUAGUAAAGGCAAGAAAAGUGUGCGAACUAACUAA